AUGGGCAUCGUGGAGCCGGGCUGCGGAGACAUGCUGACCGGCACCGAGCCGAUGCCGAGUGACGAGGGCCGGGGGCCCGGAGUGGACCAGCAGCAUCGCUUCUUCUAUCCGGAGCCGGGCACACAGGACCUGACCGAUCGCCGUGCAGGUGGCAGCCUAGGGACGCCCUACUCUGGGGGCGCCCUGGUGCCUGCCGCGCCGGGCCGCUUCCUCGGCUCCUACGCCUACCCGCCCCGGGCUCAGGCGGCCGGCUUCCCCGGGCCGAGCGAGCCCUUUCCGCCGCCCGCGGGUGCCGAGGGCUACCCGCCAGGGGAUGGCUACGCUGCCCCGGAUCCGCGCGCCGGGCUCUACCCAGGGCCGCGCGAGGACUAUGCAUUGCCCGCGGGGCUGGAAGUGUCGGGAAAACUGAGAGUCGCGCUCAGCAACCACCUGUUGUGGUCCAAGUUCAACCAGCACCAGACAGAGAUGAUCAUCACUAAGCAAGGACGGCGAAUGUUCCCAUUCCUCUCUUUCACUGUGGCUGGACUGGAGCCCACAAGUCAUUACAGGAUGUUUGUGGAUGUGGUCUUGGUAGACCAGCACCAUUGGCGGUACCAGAGUGGCAAGUGGGUGCAGUGUGGAAAGGCAGAAGGCAGCAUGCCAGGAAACCGUUUAUACGUCCACCCAGACUCCCCCAACACCGGAGCCCACUGGAUGCGCCAGGAAGUUUCAUUUGGAAAACUAAAACUCACCAACAACAAGGGGGCGUCCAACAAUGUGACCCAGAUGAUUGUCCUGCAGUCUCUGCAUAAGUACCAGCCCCGGCUGCACAUCGUGGAGGUGAAUGACGGGGAGUCCGAUGCCGGCUGCAAUGCUUCUAAUACACACAUCUUUACUUUCCAAGAGACCCAGUUCAUUGCGGUGACUGCUUACCAGAAUGCCGAGAUCACUCAGCUGAAAAUCGACAAUAACCCCUUCGCCAAAGGAUUCCGGGAGAACUUUGAGUCCAUGUAUGCAUCUGUUGACACCAGUGUUCCCUCCCCACCCGGACCCAACUGUCAACUGCUCGGAGGAGACCCCUACUCACCUCUUCUAUCUAACCAGUAUCCCGUUCCCACCCGUUUCUACCCCGACCUUCCUGGUCAACCCAAGGAUAUGGUCUCACAGCCUUACUGGCUGGGGACAUCUCGGGAACACAGUUAUGAAGCCGAGUUCCGAGCAGUGAGCAUGAAGCCCACAUUCCUGCCCUCUGCCUCUGGGCCCACCGUGCCCUACUACCGUGGGCAAGAAGUCCUGGCACCCGGAGCUGGCUGGCCUGUGGCCCCUCAGUACCCUCCCAAGAUGAGUCCAGCUGGCUGGUUCCGCCCCAUGCGAACUCUGCCCAUGGACCCUAGCCUGGGAUCCUCAGAUGGACGGGUACCAGAGGAGCAGGGCUCCCCCUCGCUGUGGACUGAGGUCACCCCUCUCCGGCAGGAGCCCAGCGACUCCGGACUAGGCGAAGGAGAGUCUAAGAGGAGGCGGAUAUCCCCUUAUCCUUCUAGUGGUGACAGCUCCUCUCCUGCUGGGGCCCCUUCUCCUUUUGACAAGGAAACCGACGGCCAGUUUUAUAACUACUUUCCCAACUGA